AUGAAUUUCAAACUACGAAAAUUUAUCGAUGAAGUUAGAUAUCUCGAUGUGAAUUAUAAAGAUAUAAAUCUUGAAAAAAUCUAUCAGGUUUUAUUUGAUGAACAAUUAUUCUAUAUUCAACAUAUUCCAUUUCGACGGAUUAUUACAAACUACUUACAAUUUAAUAUAAACUAUUCUGGAGAGACAGAAGCACACUCACUUAUGUGGUAUUAUACAGCAGAUUAUAAAUUGAUCAAAGGAUGGAAAACUUAUUCAUUUCGUUUUCCAAACUUAUGUGAUUCUGAUUUAUAUGAAACAUUUAAUGUUAAAUGCUAUCGUGUAUUUUCCAAGUCAUCAAAAAGGCGGCAUAGAUCAGAUGAUUGGUAUGUUUAUACAGGAAAGAAUUUAUUAAAACUUCUUGGUCAAUAUUUACAUAUUCAAAACGUUGUUCACGUUGAUUAUAUUCCUAUAACAAAAUUAUUCGGAAAUCCAGUAUCGAAAAAGAUGGAUAUAUAUUUUUAUUUUAAAUCAAUUAGCACAAAAAUUGCAAUUACAUUCGAACAAGGACCACCUUCCCGUUCAUGUACCCAUUGA